AUGCUUGCGGCAAUGCUGCGCCAGAGUACCAGCGGAGGAUCUGGAGGUAGUGGUGGUGGAGGAGGAACCAAACUCCCUCUGGGCAUGUCUCGAUUCUCAUCCAGCUUGACCACUGUCAAUUUGGGCUCCUCAGACAAAGUCUCCAAGAGCCGCUCGAUGCAUAAGGGCAACCAAGAUAGCCUCGCCUCAGACCCAAACUACAUAAUGCAAACAGUCAGCGACGUGCGCAAAUUUGCUGAUGUGUUACUCAAGUUCAAAGACGUCUUCAUCUCCACAGAGAACCAAUCCUGCCUCCACAAAGCAGUCCACGAACGUCUCGGGGAAAUGCUGGCAGUCCUGAUGACCAUCAUUAACAAACACCAGAGCCUUAACUCAGUUGAUAUCCUGAGUUCAGCUGGAACUGUCAUCACUGCAGUGAAAGGAGUGAAUUUUGAGGAGGUGAACGAAGAGAAUAAGCAGAGUCUUUUCAGCGACAUCUACUUUGCAAUUGACAAAUUGGCAUUCACCGUUGGCUAUGUAGUGUCUGACUUCCUUAUGGGAGAUGUAGAGAAUGGAUCUGUGUUAGGGCUCCCCCUAACUAAGAGGAGUGGGUCUUUUGACAACCUACCUGUGGAAUCUGGAGGAUCCGGCUCUGAGAAAGAUGAUCCACCAGGCGUCCUAGGACCACCGCUUCGCGUCGAAGAGGUGGACCGGACGCUGCAGCAGCUGGACAACGGAGUGGAGUCAGCACUGCGCUACGCCAAGGCCUGGUCAAAAUACACCAAAGAAGUGCUGGGCUGGGUGGAGAAACGUCUUAAUAUGGAUAUUGAGUUGGCGAAAAGCUAUAACAAAAUGGCUGAAUCAGCAAAGACUCUCGCGAGUCAACAGGAAUUCAUGCCUUUCCGUGACAUCUACAUGGCUGCUUUCAGAAAUGACAUUGAGUACAGCAGGCUUGUACUAAACACCACAGCAGUGCUCCAAAGCAACAAAUUCAUGCAGCCUCUGAUGACUCGAAAAAAUGAACUCGACAAACUACGGAAAGAAAUGAAAGAGCAGUGGCAAAGAGAGCAAAAGAAAAUGCAUGAGGCGGACAGCGCUCUGAAAAAGGCUCGGAUGCUGCAGGAUCAGCGUCAAGAGGAGUACGAAAAGGCUAAGGUAUUCACCAGUCGCCUUGAGGGGGAGCAGACUGGAGGUGUUGGAGGAGCAACGACUGCCAAACAAUUAGAAAAGCGGCGCAGGUUGGAAGAGGAGGCCUGGCAGAAGGCUGACGAGGCGAGAGCACACUCCGAAGCUUGUCAGAUAGAUGUUGUGGAAAAAAGAGUUGAUCUAGCCAAAACCAAAAGUGAGGUCAUCACUCAGCUCCGAAAGAUGAUCUUUCAAUGUGACCUCACCCUUAAAGCUGUCACAGUCAAUUGGUUCCAGCUCCAGCAGGCCCAGGUUGUAUCACUUCCCGUCAACCACCAGAGUCUUUGUGAAAAUUCCAAACUGUAUGAGCCUGGGAAUCGCUAUGUUGAGUUUGUCCGGAGUUUACCCCAUGAGUCCCACUAUUUGGAUUCGUCUUUUUCAUCAAGCACAGGAAUGCUUCUCACACAGCGCACACUAAGUGGCAGUCACUCAUCCAACAGUAACCAGUCGCAAGGAUCCGUGACAUCUGACCUCCUUGGUACAGAUGAUAUUGAUGGGUCCAACGCCAACUCCCAGCAAACAAUGAUUAUGGAGCGGCGCUCCAAGAGCAGCACUGACACUCAAGCACAUCGUAAUCGUUCUUGGAAUUCGGCGAGUCAGGGUGGAGGAAUGUGUAGCGACUCAGAGAGUGUAGGAGGGAGCAGCGAGUCCCGGUCCAUGGACUCACCUACUGCAAGCCCAGGAGACUUUAAGAGGAAAUUACCCAGAUCACCCUCUACUGGUACCAUGUCAUCUGCCGAUGACCUGGAUGAGCCCCAAUCGCCUUCUGAUGCUAUUAAUGGUUUAAACGAUCUUUUAAUAGAGGCAGCUAGCUCUCCACGUCCUUUUAGAAACACUCAAAUGUCCAAAGCUGCUCAAACACACAAGUUUAGAAAACUUCGAGCGCCCUCCAAGUGUCGACAGUGUGAUGGGCUUGUUGUGCUUCAAGGAGCGGAGUGUGAGGAGUGUUCAUUAGCCUGCCAUAAGAAGUGCCUGGAGAGCUUGGCAAUUCAGUGUGGACAUAAGAAGCUCCAGAGGAAGCUUCACCUCUUUGGUGUUGACUUCACACAGACUGCAAAGAACAGCGAGGACGGCAUUCCAUUCAUUAUCCGCAAAUGUACAUCGGAGAUCGAGACAAGAGCACUUAAUGUGAAGGGUAUCUACCGCCUGAAUGGUGCCAAGUCCCGCGUAGAAAAACUGUGCCAAGCAUUUGAGAAUGGCAAAGACUUGGUUGAAAUGUCUGACCUUUACCCCCAUGACAUAAGCAAUGUGCUCAAACUCUACUUAAGACAGCUUCCAGAGCCACUCAUUCUUUUCCGCUACUACAACGAGCUUAUCGGUUUGGCCAAAGAAAGCCAAAGUGGAAUUGUGGAGGAUUUGGAGGCAUUUCGUCUGAGCUCCUCUCCAGUAACCCCAUCUCAGGUCGGCGUGGAGCUCAACCGUAUCCUCUUCAAGCUCAAGGACCUCCUCAGACAGUUGCCACCUGCUAACUACAAGACACUGCAAUUCAUCAUAGAGCAUUUGCACCGGGUGACAGAACAAUCUGAGGAAAACAAGAUGCCAGCCAGAAACCUAGGAAUCAUCUUUGGCCCAACACUCAUCAAGCCGAGACAGUCAGAUGCCGAAGUCUCCUCCCUCUCCUCGGUGGUGGAUUACCCCUAUCAGGCGCUCAUUGUAGAGCUCCUUAUCAGACACUACCACAUGAUCUUCGACACCCCCCUCAGUCCUCUGACGAGCAGCUCACCCACCGAGGUUUGCGUUCAACUAGACAUGCGCCCUCCUUACCGGGGAAAAGAACAGCUUCUGAGCAGGCACUCAAAAUCUGUUGGCGACAUCCAGGAGUUGAGCUCCAAGGAUUUCAAGAGACAUUCCUCCACUCCUUCAUAUAACUCAUCGGCUGAGUAUAAGGAUUCAGUACUACUCCUUCCGGCUGACCUCGAAGGAAAAGAAUUUGAACCUGCCGACGAAUUGGAUUCAGAAUUCUUCAAUGGAAUCGCCGAGGUCCCGAAAGCUAGCGAACGAAGCCUCUUCCGUUCUCCGCACGUCACCCCCGCGACCAGGGUGCAUCUACGACCGCACCGCAACCGGGUUUCCUCCCGACCCGCCAGCAUGCCGGUGGAACGGAGCCGUGGCCGUAGCCAAGAGGACGAGAAUCCUACCCGGAGUAACGUGGAUGAAGAUGAUAGAAAGGGAGACCGUGGUAUCCAGUCUAUCGAAGAAGUGGAUGAAACUGAGAUGAGCAAAUUACGAGUCGGCCCACACUACCGCAACACAAUGCACACAAACACCUUGCGCAGUACUUGGGACAAACAAUACAAGCACCAUGAUGUUGCAUCUAGAACUGCCAAAAACAUUUUCAAUACAGACAGCACAGCAGAUGAUGCAAGCAGCUCAUCCCCUUCUGCCUCAGUGUCAUCCUUAAACUUGCCCGUUGACGACUCCAUGAGCACUGUUCCAAGCUACCUUAAUGGACCUUACAGCAUGCCACCGCAACACGGCAGGAUAUUAAGAAGUGGGGACAAUGUAGCGAAGUACAAUAUUGUUUCAACAGCUUUCCGUUCUUCCAGAACCCUCCAUCCACCACUGGAAACUUUCUACAAUCCGGCAUCAGGGAAUAAAGCUAAAUCACUCCUCGGAUUAGCCAGCAGCACCGAUAACGAAGAUAAGGAGGAUGACGACGAGGAUGAUGAUUUGGAGAUUGAAGUGUCUGUGGAUGAGCCUCUUGAUGAGGACGCAGAGCAGGCAGCCGCCUCGCCAUCCCACAGCCCAAACCUAGAUGACGUGGGCAUCAACCAGGCCAGACCUGUGUACCCGAGACUCAGAUCCAAGCAACUUCAAGAGGUUGAACGUCGAGAAGCUCAUUUUGUGUGA